AUGGCAUCUCAUGCUGCGAUGCUCCUGAAUCCCAAGGGCUCCAAAAGACAAGCUCAGAGCAAUGGUAAUCCUCCCUUUUCUUCUUCCCCAGCGAGUGAUUUGCCUCCCGUGGAUGAUGUCGCUAUGUCCUCCGAGUUACCCCCGGACAAGUCUGAGCCUAUGACUUCUUCUCCUGUGCUUGCUUCUUAUGGUUCCCCUGCUGCUUCUCCUCGUGUUUCUACACUCUUUUGUGUCCAUUCUGCCCCUCAAAUGGAUACUUCGAUUACUCAGGCAAAGUUUCUUGGCCCGGCUGACUCUGUUUCCCCUUGUGCCCCCAAUUCGCAUGAUCCAUCUUCAAGUCUUUCUUCCCACAAUUUAUCUUCUUCUGUUAUUUCUCCCCCGAUAGACCCCAUGUUUCUCGACUCCACGGAUUUCCAAGGCUCACUUUUGGAAGGUCCAGGAAAACACCAGGGAAAUGGUUCAUAUCCUGCCUCUCCCAUGGCUCCCGCGGGCACUGCGGCCGCUACGCGCUUUGAACAACCCAUUCGCACCUCUCCCAGUGUGGCGUCCGGAAUCUCGACCCCGGCUGUGAAGUCAGAACCCGGUUUGGCAGUCCAGUUCAGCACUACCCAUGAUGAAGACAAUGAAAGCGACACGAAAAGAAGUCACCACGAGAUGAGUGACGACGAGGCCAUCAUCUACCGCCCCAAUUUGAUCGAAAACAUCUAUGGCGUUGAAAAACGGAAGAACCAGCCGACGAAGAAAAUGAAAACUGAGCAUGAUGUCGAAGAGAAACCGAACACGGCCACAGCACAGGUCUCGAUCUCUGGAGAUAGCGGGCUUGGGAAGUGGAUGAAAGAGGAGGAUGUGAAACCAACCCCAAUUUCCACUGCAUCCAACGUGGUGGAUUUGACGGCAGAUCUUGUGAACACACCUAAGGACGAUGACGAAAUCCUAUGCACCGGUUCAACAGAUCUUAGCGCCCAGCGGGUCUGCUUCGGAAAAGUCGAAAACGCAAUGAUCAUGGCCUAUUUAGUCCCCAAACCAGGGCACUCUGUUUUCACUGACUGGUCGCACGCUUGGCCGUCUAUUAAAUUAGACCUGCAACGACAACCUGUGAAGGGCAAUUUCCAGAUCGACGUCGCGGACCCUCAUGGCAAAGUUUUCGGUACACUUGACCACAAAACGGCACAAGGACUGUGUCCGCUCAUGGACUCCAAAGAAGCUGCCAUCGAAGUGUCAGCCUUAUUGGAUACCCGGAGAACUUCGCCGAAUGAAGAGAUUUGGCAUCCCACCUCAGGGCUAUGGCGUGCAACUCUCAACAUCUAUGGCCAAAGAAAGAAGGCAGAAGCUAUUGGCAACUUCCUAUCUCACCGCAAUGUCUGGCUAGGAACUCCAAAUUCCGUGGACAAAGGUACGACUGUGUUCAAUCCACAUGCAGAGAGCCGACGCCAGCUUGCUGCCGCACAGGCCGCCGCCAACAACUCUGGGCGUUCUCGUCCAGGGCCAAGCAUCAGAUAUGAAGCGCGAACUGCCGAAGAGGCCAACGAUGCAGUCAUGAAAAUGUUCGACCAGCUCGCCAACGCGAAUAUUCCGGCCAUGGAGCCAUCUCAUCAUAUCACGACACCACUGCUCCAUCACCAAAAGCAAGCACUGUGGUUCAUGACAGAGAAAGAAAAACCGCGCAAAUUUGGCCGGAAAGAAGAAGACAACAAUUCCUUGUGGCGAAUGGAACGUGCACCCAAUGGCAAGACACAGUACCGCGAGAUCAUCACUGGAAUAAUUUCAGAGCAAAAGCCCGACGAGGCCCUAGGCGGCUUGUUGGCCGACAUGAUGGGCCUGGGCAAGACUCUGAGUAUUCUUUCGCUCAUCACGUCAUCGCUUAGGCUGGCUGGUGACUGGACGGAGAUGGCUCCUGAUCCUGUCCUUGUUCGCCGAACUCCAGGAAUUCGCAACACACGGACAACACUAUUAGUUGUCCCGUUGAGUGCAGUGAGCAACUGGGUUACACAGAUCAAGGACCAUCUCAAGCCAUGCUCCAUCAGCUACUACAUCUUUCAUGGUCCCUCGCGUAUCACUGAUUUAGAUGAACUUUCCGAGUACGAUAUCAUUAUCACGACAUACAGCACCAUUCUCAGUGAGAUCUCGGGGCGUGGUGCCAAAAGUGGAAAGCUCAGCCCUUUGACAAAAAUGAACAUGUUCCGGAUUGUUCUUGACGAAGCUCACAUCAUCAGAGAACAAAAUGCGGCACAGACCAAGGCGAUCAUCGGGCUCCACUCUGAGCGUCGAUGGUCAGUUACUGGAACACCAAUCCAAAACCGCAUGGAAGAUCUCCUGUCUGUGACUAGGUUCUUACGGAUUGCGCCUUACGACCAACGAAGCCAAUUUUCCCAACAUGUAACUAACCCGGUCAAAAACGGUGACCCCAAUGUACUUGCCAGGUUGCGAGUUCUGGUGGAUUCAUUCACCCUGCGCAGAGUGAAGGACAAAAUCAAUCUGCCACCCAGGGAAGACAACAUCAUCACACUAAAAUUCAGUGAGAAAGAACAGCAAUUGCAUGACUUCUUCCGCGCGGAAUCACAAGUGAUGAUGAGUGUCAUUGCUGGUGAGGACAAACGCAAGUUGGGUGGCCGGAUGUAUCACCAUGUAUUGAAGGCCAUGAUGAUUCUCCGUCAAGUCAGUGCACACGGGAAAGAGCUUCUUGACAUUUCAGACCGAGAGAGAGUCAAGGGGCUAUCUGUUAACGACGCAAUUGACCUGGAGGAGGGCGAACCGGACGAAGCCUUGGCAGCCAUAGACAAGAAGGCAUACGAAAUGUUCGACCUGAUGCAGCAAAACUCAGUCCCCCGGUGCGGCACUUGUAAUCGAGAACUCGAUGAACCUCUGAAUUCAGUGGGGGCUGUCGCUCGGGACGCUCCGAUGGCUAUUGCCCUACCAUGUCACGAUAUUUUCUGCCCCGGUUGCUUCUCUGGCUGGAAACAAACCUUCGAUGAAUCUCCCGACACCCUAAUCCGUUGCCCUAGGUGCGAAGGCUGGAUUCAAGUGAAAUACUCGACCAUCACGCCUGCUGGCUUUGAAGAAUACAAAGCCCAACAGGAAAGUGAUCGGCAAACCCGGAAGCUUGGCAAAAGUCUUGGUGAAUACGAAGGACCCCACACCAAAACCAUUGCACUGGUCAACUACCUCAAGCAAAGUGUUGAAGACAGCAAUAAGCUCGAAGGCGAGUCGCCUAUCAAGAGUGUUGUGUUCUCUGGAUGGACAUCGCACCUGGAUCUCAUUGAGAUCGCCUUGCAAAACAAUGGGCUUGAUGGGUAUGUCCGACUUGAUGGUACCAUGACCCUUGCAGCACGCACAAAAGCACUCGAGGAAUUUGCCAAAAAUGACAAUAUCAAAGUUCUUUUGGCCACCAUUGGUGCCGGUGGUGUGGCCCUGAAUUUAACCUCUGCCUCACGUGUUUUUAUCAUGGAGCCCCAGUACAACCCAGCUGCCGUUGCUCAGGCCAUUGACCGUGUUCAUCGUCUUGGCCAAACUCGCCCUGUGCAAACCUUCCAAUUUGUGAUGAAGGACAGCAUUGAGGAGAAGAUAAUGGAUCUCGCCAAGAAGAAGCAAGAGAUGGCGGACACGAGCCUGAAUCGCGCAAAGCAGGACAAGCGAGAGACCCAGGAGGCUCGCAUGCGUGAAUACCGCAGUCUUUUCAAGUAG